AUGCACUGGAAGGUUUCGGUGGCCAGCUCAAACACUCCCGACAAGUGCCCGCAUUGGGACGAGAGUUAUUGCCACGAAGAGAUAAAGAAGACACACUUAGACAACCUAAAGUUUAUCCAGGCGGAAAAUCAGAAGCAGAAUGACUAUGUUCUCGAGGCCAACAAAUUCGCAUAUCUGACUAAUGCAGAGUUUCGAGAGAGGUUCUUGACGACCAUCACGCCUCGAGAACCGUUUGGCAGCUUCAGUCACUCGGCCGCAGAGUCCCUCCCGGAGGUUGUCGACUGGCGGACAAGAGGAGCAGAAGCUCGGUGGUCUUCUCUGCCGCCGCAGCAGCCGAAGGUGCCAAUGCCAUUGCGACGCAAGUGUCUGUUCGAGGAGGCGUUCUUCAAGUGCAGCAAAAACGAUCUCGGUCACUACGAUAAGGCCUUCGAGUUCAUCAUCGAGAAUGGUGGCAUAGACAGUGAAGGGGACUUUACAAUCGAUGGCUACGAGCAUGUUCUUCCAAACAACGAGGAGGCCCUGAAGAAGGCCGUCGCUCAUCAGCCCGUGAGCGUGAUGAUCGACGCAGGUUGUCCCGCUUUCAAGUUCUACAAAUCAGGAAUCUUGACAAGCUCUUGUGGAACCGACCUCAAUCACGCGGUGACGAUCGUAGGAUAUGGCAUUACCAGCGACGGAAAGAAGUACUGGAUCGUCAAGAACUCAUGGGGGACCGAGUGGGGAGACGAUGGUUACGUUUAUAUGCAACGAGACACUGGAGUUUCUACUGGUCUUUGCGGGAUCAACAUGAACCCAUCGUAUCCAACCAAGCAGGGACUCCCAAAGAUCCAAGACGAAGGUCUUUCGACUUCCAACGCUGCUAAUAUCAACGCUGAUCUCUGGCCAGUCUCGGGCCUCUACUUCAGCAGGCUAGAGGAGUGA